AGGAGGCAGAGCUGCACUGACAGCUGGACAGGACAGACAGCGAAGAGGACAUCACAAAGUUUUAGCCGAAGAUCACCGAUCACAUACCUCUGCCUCGUCCUUCUCCCGACGAUAAAAGACAACCCUAGAGUUCAGGAGAGGUUCCAUGACAACGCGCGGGCAACAGAGGGAGACUUUAAAAUGGAAAUUGAACUUUUUCUCCGCACAAAAUCAUGGAACAUUAUUUUUUUUCAGCAUCUGGGAUUAAGCUGUUUUAGGGCUGCACUUUAACUGUUCAAUUUGCCACAUUCCUUAAAAAAAAAAAAAAAAAAAAAUUAUGGAGUUCUCAGGUUCUUUGCCUCCACCUUCCCCAUAUACAUUCCCAGUCAUUCCAAAUGCCUCUUUGCCUUCUCUGUCUCCCUCCAUCUCUCCAUCACCCAGCCUGGCAUCCACAGCUCUUUUCUGCUCCCUCCUCUCCCUCCUCUCCUUGCUGGGCAUCACAGGAAACCUGUACACGAUAGGCCUCCUUCUGAGGCGCAGGAGAAACAGGAGAAGACGUGGAGCUGGGCCAGCCUGCUGCCUAAUGAGAGUACCAGUUCCAUUCUGCCUUGCCAACACUUCCUCCCCAUCCACCUCCCCCAUCUCCUCCUCUUCUUCCUCCUCUUCCUCCCUUUACCUCCAGGUGCUGAGUCUUGCUCUUGCUGACCUGCUUUACCUUUUCACCGCGCCCUUCAUCGUGUACGACAGCCUGGCGUCUGGCUGGGCCUUUGGUGAGCUGGGCUGCCGCCUCCUCCUGAGCCUGGACCUCCUCACCAUGCACGCCUCCAUCUUCACUCUCACUGCCAUGAGUCUGGACCGCUACCGGGCUGUGGCUCGCCCCCUGCACACCUCCUCCUCUAACUCCUCUGGCCUGCUGCGUGUAGGCCUGGCCUGGGGCCUGGCUGUGGCUCUUAGUCUGCCCAUGAUGAUCACCCUGCACCUGGAGGAUGGGGAGAACCAGGAGGGCCAGCUGUGUGUGCCAGCGUGGGACGAGCAGAGCUCCAAAGCCUAUCUGAGCGUGCUGUUCUGCACCAGCAUCCUCGGCCCUGGGCUGGCCAUCGGUGCACUUUAUGCUACUUUAGGCCGGCUCUACUGGGUGUCUCAGACCCGGCCGGCCUGGGCCAGUGGGGGCAGCACUGCUUGUCCUCCCCGUGCUCCCAAACCCAAAGUCCUGCUCCUCAUUCUGGGUAUCGUUCUAGCUUUUUGGGCCUGCUUUCUCCCUUUCUGGAUCUGGCAGCUGCUGCCACUGUACCAGCCCGACAUGCUGCGGACAGUACCAGUGGGGACGCAGGUGACGGUCAAUCGUAUCCUCACAGGUUUGACCUAUGGAAACUCGUGCGUGAAUCCAUUCUUCUACACACUACUGACUGGAAAACAAAGACGCAACCGGCAGACGCUGACGUCGACAAAUCAGCUCUGCCGCAAGAGCAGUCCACUGCAGUAGUGCUGCGUCUCUCUCUCUCUGCGCGCGUCGUCAACAACAAAGACAAUAAUGUGAGUGACAAUAUACUGUAUGUGCUUCACAGAAUGCAAAUAUAUGAACAAGUACUGUACGUGACUGCUUUAAGAGUUCAAAAACUGGUGCAAAGGCCAUUGAUUUAGACUCAGCAAAAACAAAAAAAAGAUACUAUAAAAGCACUUUGUAUGAAUGCUUUGUGAACAGAAAUGAUUUCCUGUGUGGAAAUUAAAUAAUUAUUGGUGAUAUCUGGGUUUUUAUCAGUGUAUAAAUGCUUUGUGAUCGAACAACAUUUCCUACUAGGAGAACAAAUGCUAAUAUAUGUGUUAUCCCAGCAAAAAUAAAAAAGGAUCUCUGACAUGCUUUACCAAGUUCAUUAAUUUUGAUCAAUUCACAUAGGUGGUCCGAUCAAAUAAUGUUGCUUAAAGAAAACGGAUUGAUAAUUUGGUUGCAAAUCUGAAUUUAUAAGCAUCUAAAUUGGCUCUAAUUCAUAUUAUAUUAUUGUAAUUCAUAAUUAUUAUUGUUAUUAUUAUUUUGUGACUUGUUUAUACAUAACUUACAUGUCAUUUUUUAACAUGUUUAAAAUCAUUUUAGCCAUAUGAACAGAUCUAACAAUAGAGUUUUGUUCUACUGUGCAACAAGAUUUGCCCUUCAAGAAAAAUCACUGCCACAUUGUAUUACAGUAACAGAGAUGAUUGCAUAUGUUGCACGGGCACAAGAAUUUCCAGUAAAAUCCUAAUGUCCUGAUGUGAUGUGUCAAGGAAAAUGUUUGUUUUUGAACAACGGCUUGUAAUUGGUCAGGACCUUGUUGAGACAUUUUUCUGAGACAGUGUUUGUUGACAUAUGUUGGAGUGGGUCAACACCCUGACUCCUGACAAAUCUGAAACAACUCCGUUUGUCUAUAAUCAUGACCUACAGUAUAUGCCGAGUGUGAAAAUGUCCUUAACUGUUAUGAAUCAUGUCAUGUGUCGACUGCAAAUGAUGUUUAUAAUGAUGCAUAAUAUACAGCCUUAAAUAAAGAC